GAGGAGGAGGAGGAGGUGGAGGAGGCGCCGGACCGGGGGGAUUGUCAGUAUUUAAACAGACCACACCAUGCGUGAGUACAAGCUAGUGGUCCUUGGUUCAGGAGGCGUGGGCAAGUCUGCUUUGACUGUUCAAUUUGUUCAGGGAAUUUUUGUUGAAAAAUAUGAUCCAACGAUAGAAGAUUCCUACAGAAAGCAAGUUGAAGUAGAUUGCCAACAGUGUAUGCUUGAAAUCCUGGAUACAGCAGGGACAGAACAAUUUACAGCGAUGAGAGAUUUAUAUAUGAAGAAUGGCCAAGGGUUUGCACUAGUAUAUUCUAUUACAGCUCAGUCUACAUUUAAUGACUUACAGGACCUGAGGGAACAGAUUUUACGGGUUAAGGACACAGAAGAUGUUCCAAUGAUUUUGGUGGGCAAUAAAUGUGACCUGGAAGAUGAGCGAGUAGUUGGCAAAGAACAGGGUCAGAAUUUAGCAAGACAGUGGUGUAACUGUGCCUUUUUAGAAUCUUCUGCAAAGUCGAAGAUCAAUGUUAAUGAGAUAUUUUAUGAUCUGGUCAGACAGAUAAAUAGAAAAACACCAGUGGAAAAGAAGAAGCCUAAAAAGAAAUCAUGUCUGCUGCUCUAAACCCACAGUAAAGCAGCAGCUCUGAGCCAGAUUACAGGAAUGAAGAACUGUUGCCUAAUUGGAAAGUGCCAGCAUUCCAGACUUCAAAAAAUAAAUCUGAAGAGGCUUCUCCUGUUUAUAUAUUAUGUGAAGAAUUUAGAUAUUAUAUUGGUUUGCACAAGUUCCCUGGAGAAAAAUUUGCUCUGUGUAUAUCUCUUGGAAAAUAAGACAAUAGUAUUUCUCCUUUGCAAUAGCAGUUAUAACAGAUGUGAAAAUAAAUAUACUUGACUCUAAUAUGAUUAUACAAAAGAGCAUGGAUGCAUUUCAAAUGUUAGAUAUUGCUACUAUAAUCAAAAGAUUUCAUAUUGACCUUUUUAUCAUGAUUCUUCCCUGUCAAGCACUAAAAAGUUGAACAAUUAUACUUUAUAUCUGUAAUGAUAUAGAUUAUGAAAUUUCCCCUCAACUCAUUACAGCAGAUAACUUUUCUGAGUCAUUGACUUCAUUUUAUAUUUAAAAAAUUAUGAAAUAUCAUUCUGUCAUUAUAUUCUAAUUAAAAUUGUGCAUAAUGCUUUGAAAAAAUGGGUCUUUUAUAGGAAAAAAAAACUGGGAUAACUGAUUUCUAUGGCUUUCAAAGCUAAAAUAUAUAAUAUACUAAACCAACUCUAAUAUUGCUUCUUGUGUUUUACUGUCAGAUUAAAUUACAGCUUUUAUGGAUGAUUAAA